UACCGAUAUUUUUACAGCAGCAGCUACAUUUUAGUGAAAGUUAACUUACAGUAACUCCUAAAACAUGUUCUGUUUUCGACAUAUUUUAUUGGCAGCUGUAAUUGCUGUACUCAGUUUUGGAAAAGUUAGGCCUUACUGCUAUAAAUCAGAAUAUCCUGUUUGCAACUUAAAACCUAGCAUUCAAGCGUAUUUUUCUGAGUCGACUUCAUACAGCGCUCCUCAUUUACUACUUGAAGGCACUUUACCCCCUUUACGUCAUUUCACACUCUGUACAUGGGCCAAAGCGUGGAAAGUUUCGGAUCAUGGUAGUUUCAUUUUCUCAUACAAUCUUCCACAGAUAGAUAACGAAUUGGUCGUAGGAGUUUACAAAGUGUCAUCUUAUAACCCACCUUAUGGACAGCCUUAUGAAAAACAAGUUUAUGAGCUAUCUAUUCAUGUUUAUAAUCAACAAUCCCGAGUUGUUUGUCGCAACUUUGUAGUUGGACAAUGGCACCACUUGUGUUACGUCUGGACUAAUGUACUGGGACGCAAUGAAAUGUAUGUUGAUGGAAUACGAUGUGUAGAAAGCACGACGAAGAUAGCAGUCAGCUACAUAAUCCAAACUGCAGGAACAGCUGUCAUUGGACAAGAUCAAGACGCCGUAGGAGGAGGUUUUGAUCCGAAAGAGGCUUGGAUUGGAGAAAUUGCUGAUCUUCACAUCUGGAAUGAGCCACUACUACCGUCUCAAAUCCAAUAUAUGUCUAGAUGUAACUUUUGUUAUCCUAGAGGAACUGUAUUCAAUUGGUUGCGAGAACCAUUAAUAGCAAAAGAGGUCAUUUUCUCAGCCACUGACGUUUGUGCAUCAGGAUUCUCUGAACCAUCUGAUUUUUAUAAAUAGAACUGUAAUUUACAUUUCUAUAAUAACUGGUUCCGUGAAUAUGUCACUACUGAAUGAGUGUUUUGUAAUUUUCAGCUAUUGCUUAAGAGCAGAUCUUUACGAUAUGUGCUUCAGAAAAUUAACAUUGAAACGCAUUUGCUACAACUGUUUAAGUUGAGAUUGUAUUUUCAGUUGAAAACAGUGUACUUUCUUUUGUGAAUUUUCCUUCAUGUCUAUAUUUUUGAGCAAUGUAAUUCUGUCGGCUUAUAAUAAAAUAGCCUAAUAUUUUAUACAUUAA